CACAUAAUACAGACUUUUUAUAAAUUUUGACGUUUUAAAUUUCCGUUCUUCACCCUUGUGAAAAGAACACUCAUUUUCCGAGAAAAUGCAAGAAAAUGGUAACAUCUGCUGAGAAAAUAGGUUAAAGCUUUUCACCCUUUGCAAACAACAUAAAAACAAUGCGAAGAUUCUCUUCCAAAUCAUUCUCUCUUAUCCCCAAACACCGUUUUCUUUCACUUUCCUCCUAUCCAAACACCCACCACUUCAUUCCCAGCAACAACGACGGCGGCUUCUCGACCGGUUCCAAACCCGGGUUCGGUUUAGUUACCCUUAGAACCCCACAACCCGAAUUUGGACCCGAAAACGACCGACGUGUCGACGACUUUGCUUCCGAUGUCGAAAAGAUUUACAGAAUCCUCCGAAAAUUCCACACUCGGGCCCCAAAGAUGAACCUCGCUUUACAACAGUCCGGCGUCGUUUUUCGCCACGGUUUAACCGAACGCGUAUUGAACCGGUGUGGCGACGCCGGUAAUUUGGGUUACAAGUUCUUCACUUGGGCAUCGAAACAACCUGGAUAUCACCCAAGCUAUGAAAUUUACAAAGCGAUGAUUAAGAUUUUAGGCAAGAUGAGACAAUUUGGUGCCGUUUGGGCAUUACUUGAAGAAAUCAGAAAUGAAAAUCCCCAUUUCAUUACGGCUGAAUUGUUUGUUGUUUUGAUAAGAAGGUUUGCUUCUUCACGGAUGGUUAAAAAAGCCAUUGAAGUGUUCGAUGAAAUGCCUAAGUACGGUUGUCCACAAGACGAGGCCGUGCUUGGGGCAUUGUUAGAUGCUUUAUGUAAAAAUGGGGAUGUAAAAGACGCAGCUUUAGUUUUUGAGGAAAUGAAGGUGAGGUUUAAGCCGAAUUUAAAAAUUUUCACUUCUUUGUUAUAUGGUUGGUGUAAAGAAGGGAAGAUUUUGGAAGCUAAACAUGUGUUGAUUCAAAUGAAAGAAGCUGGUUUCGAGCCGGAUAUUGUGGUUUAUAACAAUUUGUUGAGUGGGUAUGUUUUAGGAAACAAAAUGGGGGAUGCUUUUGAUCUAUUGAAAGAAAUGAGGAGGAAAGGGAUUGACCCCAAUGCAUGUUCAUAUACCAUUGUGAUUCAGGGACUUUGUAAGGCUGAUAGAAUGGUGGAAGCAAUGAGGGUUUUUGAUGAAAUGGAGAAAAAUGGUUGUCAAGGUGAUGUUUUGGCUUAUACUACUUUGAUAAGUGGGUUUUGUAAGUGGGGGAAGCUUGAGAGAGCUUAUGAGCUUUUGGAUAGGAUGAAAACAGAGGGGCUUGUACCAAAUUCGUCAACUUAUUUGCAUAUUAUGGUGGCUCGUGAGAAGAAGGAAGAGUUAGAAAAGUGUUUGGAGUUGAUAGAGGAGAUGAGGAAGAUUGGUUGUGUUCCAGAUGCUGGUAUUUAUAAUGUGGUUAUUCGAUUAGCUUCUAAGUUAGAGGAAGUUAAAGAAGCUUCUCGGGUUUGGAAUGAGAUGGAAAGAAGUGGAUUUAGUCCAGGAGUUGAUAGUUUCAUUGUUAUGAUCCAUGGUUUUAUUGCACAAGGAUGUUUGGUUGAGGCCUGUGAGCAUUUUAAAGAAAUGGUUGGAAGGGGUCUGUUCUGUGUUCCUCAAUAUGGGAUUUUGAAGGAUUUGUUGAAUUCUUUGUUAAGGGCUGAGAAGCUUGAAAUGGCUAAGGAUGUAUGGAGUUGUAUCGUUAGUAAAGGAUGUGAACUUAAUGUGUCUGCAUGGACAAUUUGGAUUCAUGCCCUUUUCUUGAAAGGGCACGUGAAGGAAGCCUGUUCGUAUUGUAUGGAAAUGAUGGAUGCGGAUUUAAUGCCACAGCCUGAUACUUUUGCAAAGCUCAUGAAGGGUUUGAGGAAACUGUAUAACAGGCAGAUCGCAGCUGAGAUAACAGAGAAGGUGAGGAAGAUGGCUGCAGACAGAGAGAUCACUUUUAAGAUGUAUAAACGGCGAGGGGAGAGAGACUUGAAAGAAAAAGUAAAGGAAAAGACAGAUGGUAGAAAGAGGAGGGCUCGUCGACGUCGAUGGGGUUCAGCCCGUAGCAGAUCUGGCAUUUAACAACUUCAUCACAAGGUGGUCGUUUGCCAAGUAAUGAACCUAAUAACAAAAUUACCGAUCAGAUUGCUUUGGUAUGAAGUAGAGAAAUGGGGGAGCCUCUAUAUUCUUUAGAACCAGUCAGCUUGUUCUGCAGUGGUCGCUGGGAGCGAAUCAUGGUUGAAUUGCAGUAUCUCCGAGUGGAAGUUCCUUCCCCAUUUCUUGCUUCUGGAAGACACUCUCCCUGAAUUUCGUUCUAAGCCUUUCCAUUUCUUGAUUGAUCUCUUGCUCGUUGAAAAGGGGCAUCAUCAUACCUCGUUGCCGUGCAAAUCGACAAGUGUCUUCAAUUCAGCACGGCGGAAAAGAGCCUCGUGUCCUUCUCCAAGGAGAAGGUCUAAUAGCUAAUGAAACAAACACAGAGCACAGAUAAGAGGUUCAGCUGAGAUAUAGUGAAGUUGAUUCAGUUUUCAGUUUUCACCUUGCUUAUUGGAUAUGCAACUGGGAAACAAAUCCAAAUGAGGACUCGAACAAAUGGAGCAACUUUUGCACCAAUCGCCAAUCCAUACCGCGUACAAACCGCUUGCGGAGCGAUCUGGAUCGUAAAGAAAGAGAGCAAGACGAGCUUAAAACAUGUGACCAAGAACAUGAAAUGGAGCUUACAGCUUAGUAACUUACCUCACCAAACAUAAGUAUGAGGGUGACUGAAAUAAGGAUUGCACCCCAAGCUGACACCAAGCUGUCUAGAAAAAUUGGAAGGGCCUAUAAAAUCAUGUAACCUCAUAAGUUAGAAGCUCUCAACUGUCGACAAAAUACCUUAAAAGUUGUCCAACGGUUUCAUAUUUCGAACCUCCAUAGCUGCAGCAUUGCAGAUGAGCAAAGUGCAGAGGAGCAAAUGUUGUCUCCUAACAACUGGAAGUAUCUUUGCUGUAAUGAAUCAAUGAAAAACACUGUAAAGGGAACUCAUUUGAAGAAGAAGAAGAAGAAGAAGAAGAAGCAAGUUAGAGGGUGUCAUGAGAACAUUACAUACCGGCAUGUUUGCUAUUGGUCGGUGUUCCAGAUUCAGCGAGCACUUCGAGAUCAACGAGGCUCAAAGACAUGAGCCCCAUUGUGAGACCAGACAUCAAUCCGGCAAACAAAACGAGACCAGCAACGAUAGUGAUCCUAAUGAAGAACCCUGUUUCGCAGCAAUGAUACUCAACUUCCAUUGUUGCUCUAUUUGUUUAUCUGAUGAGGUUUGGUUUAUGUACUGUGAGAUUUGCAUUAAUGGUUCAUGAACAUUUUAACUUAUAUUCGACAGAAUAAAAGUAAGAUUCUAACCCUUUUUUUUA